AUGGCUGAUUACACAAGUGUUAAAACGGAAGAAAUCGAAUCCAAUCCAGUUCUCAAUGCAGAAGAGCAAAAACUCAAAGACAAGCAAGAAUGGGUCAAGAACUUUCGUCUAAAGUUUUGUGUCCGUCCCGAGUUUGAAAUCACAAAAAACAUGAUUCAUGACGAUGGCACUUUGAAUCAAGAUUAUUUCCGUCCUCCAAAGGGCUUAAAGAAAGAAGAAGCACGUAAAUGGACUGAUGUCGAAAAGAGUUUGUUGAUUCAGGGCAUUGAGCAAUAUGGAAUCGGUCACUUUGGAGAGAUCUCCAAAGAACUGUUACCGAAAUGGUCUACAAAUGAUCUACGAGUCAAAUGUAUUCGAUUGAUCGGUCGCCAGAACCUUCAAUUGUAUCGUGAUUGGAAGGGUAACGAGGACUCGAUUAUGAAAGAGUAUGAACGGAACAAAAAAAUUGGUCUCAAGUAUGGUGCAUGGAAACAAGGUGUUUUGGUUUAUGAUGAUGCUGGAUUUGUGGAAAAGGAAUUGACAGGUCAAGAACCAAUAGUAUCCCAAGACAUGGAAAUGGAUUAG